GCUCAAGCUAGCUAGACAACUGGUGGUUGCAGGAAGACUAUCCAAAAAAACCACAAGGAUCACCAACAAGAUGCAGCAAGCCAAGGUGAAGGUGAAGGAUGGCUCGAGCGCGCUGAGGGCCAAGGCGAAGAUAGCGUGGGCCAAGCUGGCGGAGAAGGUGGAGGCUGCGACGUCGAGGUCGCACGACGAGCGGAAGCUGGCGCACGAGCGCGGCAGGGCCAAGGUCGCCGCGGCCGAGGCGCAGCUGCACCGGGAGAAGGUCGCGCACCGCGAGGCCGCCAUGGAGCACCGCCUCCACAAGCACGCCGGCGUCGGCGGCCACAACCACAAGCACGACGCCGGUGGUGUGCACUGAGGCGUGGCGUGUAUAUUCUUUCCAUUGAUGUACUGUUACAUACGUGUGCCGUGGUUAUUUGGUCAAGUUAUAUCUGGAGUGCCACGUGAAUUAUUGACGUUGUGGAUGUUUUUAUGAUUGGUUGACAAGCUAAAAUACAUUUUUAUUUUAUUUUCA